UUCAAUAUAACAAAGAUCUCAGGGUUGUACAUCAGCAUAUGCUUAAUCUAUGUACAGUAUUCAUUCUUUAUGAAAUAGGGAAUUCUCCUAACACCGGAACCUUAAGUUGCGCAUAAGGCGGUCUGUGUUUCCGUGUGGACUGUGUUCUAAAGAGAGAAGUGCGCGUGUGUGACGGGAAGAUUGCACCUUGGCUGCUUGAUAACAUGUUGAGGAAACAGUAUAUUUAGAAACGCACACAAGACCAGUCAAAAUCGUCACACAGCAUACUUCCUACCAGCGAGAGGUGAAAUCCGGAUUUGUUUGUAAUGGCAGAGGGGCAGAAACCCACCCACAAUCCUCUGGAGCAGUUCAUUCUGUUAGCAAAGCGUGCUAAAGGCGCCGCUCUGACUGCUCUCAUCACCCAGGUGCUGGAGGCCCCCGGGGUCUACGUCUUCGGAGAGCUUCUGGAGCUGCCCUGCAUCCAGGAGCUGUCAAAUGGACCUUAUGCAGGAUAUUUUCAGCUGUUAAAUCUGUUUGCUUAUGGAACAUACCCUGAUUAUACAGCGAAUAAAGAAAGUCUCCCUGAGUUAUCUGGAGUCCAGAAGAACAAAUUGAAGCACCUGACCAUAGUUAGCCUGGCUGCCAGGAUGAAGCAGUGCAUUCCUUAUUCUGUGCUGCUGAAAGACCUGGAGAUGAAGAACCUGCGAGAGCUGGAGGAUCUGAUCAUUGAAGCCGUAUACAGUGACAUCAUCCAGGGGAAGCUGGACCAGCGCAGCCAGCUGUUUGAGGUGGAUCUCUGCAUCGGACGUGACAUCCAGAGGAAGGACAGCAGCGACAUCGUGAAGACGCUGCAGGAGUGGUGCGACGGCUGUGAGGCGGUCUUGUCGGGUAUUGAGCAGCAAGUCCUCCGAGCCAAUCUGUGCAGAGAGAAUCACAACAGGACCCAGCAGCAAAUGGAAACAGAGGUUACAAAUAUAAAGAAGACGUUGAAAGCUUCGGCAUCGACCUCCAGCCAGGAAGUGGACCCCCAGCUGAUGGAGCGGGAUGCAGCUCAGCCCGCUGAGCAGAGACAGCCCCUCAAGAAAAUGUCCAAAGUGAAGGGGCUGGUGCCCAUCCGCCACUAGCACCCCACCAGGGAAUGCUCUGCUACGACUCAAACUCCCCCCAGCCUGUUCCACACUGACCACCCAUCCGCCACUAGCACCCCACCAGGGAAUGCUCUGCUACGACUCAAACUCCCCCCAGCCUGUUCCACACUGACCACCCAUCCGCCACUAGCACCCCACCAGGGAAUGCUCUGCUACGACUCAAACUCCCCCCAGCCUGUUCCACACUGACCACCCAUCCGCCACUAGCACCCCACCAGGGAAUGCUCUGCUACGACUCAAACUCCCCCCAGCCUGUUCCACACUGACCACCCAUCCGCCACUAGCACCCCACCAGGGAAUGCUCUGCUAUGACUCAAACUCCCCCCAGCCUGUUCCACACUGAUCACCACCACACCGAGCCAGACUGGAAAAAAGAAAAAGAAUAAAUACUUUUUUCAGGCA